CUCCAACACACGCAUCACAUCCUCGGAAUCCGCUCUCCGUCAACUGAGCCGUAUAUCAUCCUCGCGGACCAGCCCUCACCCAAUUGGACCUCGAAGACAUUCAACCGCAAUGGCAGAGUCAACCAUCGAAUCCGCCAAACGCGCCGCUGCCAUCCAGGCCGUCGAGGAGAACUUCGACCCUGCUGCAACCCACGUCGGUAUCGGCUCAGGAACCACCAUCGUCUACGUCGUCGAGGCUAUAAAAGAGAAGAGCACGAACCCCAACAUCCUCUUCGUCCCUACCGGAUACCAAUCAAGACAAGUCAUUGUAAAGGCAGGCCUCACCCCGAUUGCAUUCGACAGUCUACCAGACAACGUCAGGUUAGACAUUGCCUUUGAUGGCGCAGACGAGGUCGACGACCAGCUCAACUGCAUAAAGGGUGGCGGCGCCUGCCUGUUCCAGGAGAAGUUGGUCGCUGAGCGCGCCAGGAAGUUCGUUUGCGUAGCAGACUACCGCAAGAAGCAGAAUCGUCUCCUGACGAACUGGCCCACCAUCCCCAUCGAGGUCGCACCCAUUGCCGUGCCCACUGUGCUCCAAUCCCUCCGCUCUCUCGGAUCCUCAGAGCCCAAGCUCCGAACCACCCUCCUCGAGAAGUCCGGACCCCUUAAGACCGAUCAGGACUUUUUCAUCGUUGACGCGCCUUUCCCAACGCUCCUCACAUCUGACGAUGUCAAGGCCGGAAAGGGCAAGGGCGACGGUAGUGAUGGAUCAUGGGAGGUUAACAACCUCAGCCAGGCUAUCAAGGAACUCACCGGCGUGCUAGAGGUCGGCAUUUUCUCCGGUCUUAACGGUGUCGAGGCGGAGGCAUCGGCAGCUAAGGGUGGCAGCAACAAUGUUAAGGUCAUCAUUGGUGGACAGAAGCCUGUCGCAGUAUACUUCGGUAUGCAGGACGGAAGUGUUGAGGUGCUAAAGGCACAGUAGUAAGCUAGAGGUACUGCUGUUCUGGCCCAUUUUGUUGUAUGUUCGACCAUGUAUCCACUUUAGAUCUCAAUUCCAAGAAGAAGAAAAGUAUAUGCCCUCCCUGUUGGCAAACUGAACAAAUCAUGAAACAUGAAGAAAUUCGUCACUGCAUUCUGC